AUGGACGUUCGGGGGUUCUGCUGCCUCUCCAAGGCCUCGCCAGCAGGCACCAUCCCUGAGCCCUGGCCCUCUGAGAGCCGCUGGCUGAAGUGUCUGCACAAGGACUCCCCGGAACUGGAGCUGGGAGGAGGAGUGUGUUUCCAUGGACAGUCCUCAUCCGACAUGGAGGAGUCAGACCCUCCCUUCAGUCAGGAGCUGCCCAGCAAAAGGAAAUGGAGCCCGAGUCGGCCCAGCUGUUGCACAAACGUGACAUCCCAGACUUGGGCACUCCCAGGGGCACCUGGCCACCCCAGAAGAUGUCUGGACAAUGUGGUCAAUGAGCAGAGUACUUCCCCACCAGUGCCACACCUCCAUGCCUUGCUGACCAGUGGAGACGAGCCUCCCACACAGACAGACAUCUUUGACCUCCUCAAAGCCUCCUAUGAGAAAUUCAGCAUCCUGCGGGCCAGCGACACUGAGCAGAUGCGGUUUAACAGGCUGAGAGUGAUCCAGUGCUUGGAGGACACAGCCAAGAGGAGCGUGGUCCGAGCCAUACCUGGGGACACUGGCUUCUCCACAGAAGAGCUGGAAGACCUUUACAUGGUGUUUAAGGUAAGAGCCGAGAACAAGGACAGGACCUGCGGGAUGUACCACGGGGACAUGACUGAAAAGCUCAAGGUGCUCUACAAGCUGCACCUUCCCCCAGCCCUAAACUCUGAGGAAGCCGAGUCAGCCCUGGAGGCCACCCACUAUUUCACGGAAGACAGCUCCUCAGAAGCACUACCACAGGAAGAUCGGGAAGGAAGCAGAAGUGAGGAUACCCAAGAAAAGCGAGGAGAGAAGGGGACCAGCCACCCAGACUACUGACACUACCUUCGCAUGUGGGCCAAGGAGAGAGAGGCUCAGAAGGAGACCAUCAAGGAUCUGCCCAAAAUGAACCAGCAAUUCAUUGAGCUGUGCAAGACGCUAUACAACAUGUUCAGUGAGGACCCCCUGGCGCAGGACUUGUACCACGCCAUUGCCACAGUGGCCAGCCUCCUCCGCAUCGGCGAAGUGGGGAAGUUCUUCAGUCCCAGUGUCAAGAAGCCCAUGGGUGGCACUGCCCAUACAGGAGUGCCAGCCACGGGGGACCCUCAGUCACCUGCAAGGGAAUCCCAUCAGGACCCAGUACAGGAAUGCCAGCCGACAGCCACGGGGGACCCCUGGACCAAAGCUGGUGGAGACACCCACCUUGGAAAAGUGCCACAGGAGAGACAGACGGUGGUAGAGGGGGGCAGUGGAGAGGGGCAGGGCUCACCCUCCCAGCUCCCGUCUGAUGAUGAAACCAAAUACAACAUAUCCAUGUCCUCCUACUCAGUGGUCAGCAUGGGCUCCCUGCAGUGUGAGAACCCCACAGCCACUGCCCGCAUUGGGAACACCAUGGACGCAGACUGGUGCAUCUCCUUCAAGCAGAUCCUGGCCUCCAUCCUGCCGGAGUCUGUGCUGGUCAACUUCUUUGAGAAAAGGGUGGACAUUGGACUCAAGAUGAAGGACCAGAGGAAAGUAGAGAGACAGUUGAGUGCCUCCAGUGAGCACGAGCCAUCUGUUGCUCUGGGCUGAGCCCCUUGGCUGAGUGAUUCUGGCCAAGGCCUCUGUCCCUCCCUCCUUCCCUUUGCAGUUUCUCAUUAAAGACACAGCCCUCCUGCUCCCCCUUGGAAGCAGUGAGUUGUAAGUGAAAGGAAG